AUGGCUCCAACAUCAGCCCGCCCUAGGCCAGAGGCUCACCACAUCUAUUCCGUUGGAGAGCUUCUUGCGAUGCAGGUCGCGCCUCCUUUGAGCAUUUCUGGCGUGGAAAAGUUAAACCAGCACCCCGAAAUCUGUAAGUUCUCAUUCACCCCGAGUCGCCCCCUCAAGUCCACGUUAACCCGAAGCCAAUUUCAGCAUGCCUCCUCAAGGUCCCAGAGCAUGCCAUCAAGCGACAACGAUUCAUCCCCAACCGCAUGAUCAAUCUCAUCGACAUCACCAACCGUCGCCACAAUCGCCAGCAAUCGACCAUGUACAACUCGGAUGCCUCUGCUGUAGCUGUAGAGAGUCGCGAGAUGCUCGCCCCAUCGACCACAACUAACAAUAACGACACUCAAUCGCGUCAAUGGUUCCUUCAACGUCGAGACAGCUCGGAUGACUCCCCCCAACCCCAUUCGGCGCCAGCCAGCUCAAUUGCACAGCAGUCGGAGAACUUUCAAAGAUUCUACCAAGCUGUUGUAUCGCCAACACAUGUUCGCGUCACAGCGGGUGGUAAAAUCGUUCGCAACACUCGUUCACCUGCGUACGAAUGGAAUUCCGAUAAGCACCAUUUUGAGCCUCUUCACCAGCCCGAACCUGCAGCAGAUUUGAAUGCGCAACCCCCGAGUUGGCACCAAAAUGUACCUUUGCCUCAAGGAUUCCCUGGCUUUCCUGCUAUGAUGCCCGGUACUUUCAUGCCUCCACAUGGUAGCUUCUUCCCGCAGCUCUUCGCCCCUCCUCAAUUCAAUGGAGGAUUUGUGCCAGAUCCAAAGCCUUCUGAGAAUGACCAAAACACAAAGGUAACCACCGAUAGAGGCUCCUUUGAUUCGCAAAACUCUGGAGUUUCAGCACAGGCAAUCAAGAUCUCUCCUCCAACUCAAUUCGACCAGACCAAGCCAUUUAUGUACAAUGGACAACUCGUAUACCCGGUUCCACCACCUCCAAACGGUCUUCCUGUUCCUAUGGCUAUGAUUGGUAAUCCAAACUUCAUUGCGCAAAAACCCGUCGCUCCCAUUGGCGGAUUCACUCAUGGCCCUCAUUUCCCAAUACCCGUUCCCAUGUUUCCACAUGGUCAACCAGUCCCAAUGCACAUGCCCCAUGUUCCAACUGGCUCGGAAGCAAUGCAUCCAAUGGCCCCAUUUGCACCACCACUGAUGCAAAUGCCCGUGUUGUCGGAACUGACAAAAAGACACAUUCAAGUGCUACAGGAGCAGCUCAGAAUUCUUGACAGUCAACCAGGCGGAAACCAUAGUAGCCAGCAAGCUGUUCAAAUGCAACGAAACAUGGUUUUGGCUGGGAUCAAGCAAAUGGAGGCCAUGUUGGAGGCUCAGCUUGCUCAAGAGGCUCUCAGCAAGACCGAAACACCUGCUGAGCCCAAACUUCUUACUGCCGCACCUCAUGAAAGCCCAAAGUCGCAUUCAACAUCGGAGCAUCAGAAGUCGACCGUUGACUCUGCAUAUUCUUCUUUCGAGAAGCCCAUUGAAAAGCAAGGGGGAGAGAAGAAGCCUUCUACCCGAACCGAUUCAAUGAGCAAAUCAAAAUUGAGCGCUGCUGCUGCUAUGGCACCCCCAUUCCAACCAAGAUCGCAUAUUGUAUCACAGCAAGUGCCAGUCGUAAGAAAGGCUCAUAGUCUCCGAUCGGCAAUGUCAGUCGAGUCUCUGGCAGGAGAAGCCCGGAGAAACAUUGACUCACAGCUCUUGUCAAGUCCUUCAAACCCUUGGACCGUCAAGAGCACACCAUCCAGUGGCUUGCCUUUGGUUGCACCUCCCCGCAUUUUGAAGGCAGAGAGUAUGCGUGAACCGAAGAUUCAAACUCGUCAGCCACCCCCAAUGCAAAGAUCAAAUACGUUCCAUGGAAAGAUGGAUUUUCACCAACCAGAUUUGAAACAUGGUAACCGUCAGGCAAUACCUUAUCUUGUCGGAGUUAUUCCAGGAGGAACACCUCUCUCGUCAGCAACUCAUCAAGACUUGGUCUAUCCCAGAGAGCUCAACGAGCACGAGUUGCAAGCACGUCAAUUGUAUUGGGGAAAGGCGCCUAAGUCAGUCAGUAAGGGUCUUCCGAAGUUUGACGGCAAGGACUUCUACCCACCAUCUCCAGUCAAAGAGUCUAUUCGCAUGGCGGCGGUAAACAUUGGUGCAGAAUCUCCGAUCCAUGAUUUUUCAGGCCUUUUCACUGAGUAUGGUGUGAAGGGGUACAGACCGACAUCACCAGUGCGAUAUCAAGCCGGCCAUACUACCUCAGGUCCAACUCAAGCACCGAACCUCCCUUAUAACAGUAGUCUGCUUGAUCCCGUCAAUUACUAUGAUCCACAAGGCUCUCAAGUUCUCGCAGCACCUUCGGUUUCUGGUUUAGAUACUGCCUUUGAAAACUUUUCUGGCUUGUUCAUGGAACGUGGUGUGGCUGGUUUUCAAUCACCCCAGCCCAAAGAAGAAUCAUCCACGAAGACAUUUCCAACGGCGGAGAAGGAAACAAAGGAAACUUUUGUUACCUCGAAGAGUUUCGAUGCAGGAAAUGAAUCUGAUGGCGCAGAGAAUGGUACUCCAACCACAGAUUCCUUCGGUAUGGUCACAGAAUCAUUCGGCAUCCUUACAAGCAAUGGUUCGUCGACCUCAGCAGAUGAUAGAGCCGCCCUGGCCACCGUUGAAGAAGAAGAAAAUAACCAAUCAGCUGAGACUUCCCCUACAAUUACGCAAAAGCAGGUCACCUCUCAAAAAUUGGACCUUGAUGGCACUUUCGAGGAACGUGUAGCGAAAUUUGCCCUGUAAGUAAUUUAUCGUUUCCAAGUCCGCACUUUAAACCACUAACUGAUAGACAACAGCCCCGAAAACCAAACCCUCUUCCUUCAAAACAUGCUGUCAAAAAAUACGGCUAUGACAGGAUCUGCGGUCUCUGGAAAGGUUUCAUCUGCCACUGCGACUGGUUACCUCCCUCUAUAUCGUGGUACGGCCAUGGCGUCACUUGCUCCAACUAUCUCAAACGCUUCAUCAGAACGUGAUACCGAAACUACCGUAAAGCCGCAAUUCUCUCGGGAUAACACAUUCAGCUCUGUUGGUGGAAGCGGUUCUAAUGGAUCUGAGAGUAUCGAGGAUCUGACAAGUGCUGAAGGCUACAUGAGAUAUCUUGCACAGAAGCGCCCCGAUAGCAAGAAGUUCGCCGAGCAAGCAUUGAAUCCUGACCCUCUUACUGGACCGGUUAUGGGCUCAGAUUGGUAAUAAUGGGGUUUCUAUCAGAUGUUCGUUGCUCAUAUCAGUUUCCGUCUCUCAUGCAAUCGCUCCCCGACGAUUUAUGAUCUUGAACCUCUCAGACUAUGGCCCAUUCACGAGGACUUUACGUUUCACCUGCAAGAAUGUACACCAUUGGCACAAAUUUGGUUUCUGGAUCUGUGUAAGUGUGGGUUGCGCAGAAGCCUCUGAUCCUCUAAUACUUAAUUGUAUGAAUACCCCGGUAUUCCUAUGCAAUCAUCAAUCUUGUUCCUCGACCUCUUUUUCUUUCAUUUUUUUCAUAAUGGAUUGUAGGAUUAUGUACGAUUUCAUUGCGGGCUCCCAUCAGGUUGCCAGUUGAUGAUUUCUAACAACACAUCUGGGAGAAUAUGGAAUGGUUGCGAAGUUUUUUUAGUUUUUUUCUUUUUCUGAAGGAG